GCCAGCCUGGCUCCAUCCCAGCUCCAUCCUGGCUCCAUCCCGGCUCCAUCCCAGCUCCAUCCCAGCCAUCCUGAACCCAGGGACCAGCGGCAACCCCUCAUCGCCCUGCUUCAUCUAUGCCAGGGAUGCAGAGCCCUGUGCAUCCCUGCCCGUCUCCUCUGCCAACCUGGACUGCUGCCACCAGCCACCCAGGGAAUUUUGCAUAUUUUUUGCAGGGCAAUAAUUUUGCAGGGAAAUAAUUUGAUGGGCUUGCAAGAAAUCCAGCCGUGCUGGGAAUUAGCCUGCCAGGGUGGCACCUCAUGCCGACGGUCAGAAAUGAGCCUGCUCCUUCAAGCCGUGCUGGGUUCAAUGCUGAAGCCUUUCGUUUCAGUGUGCACAUCGGUAGCAGAUGGUUUGGAGUUGCCAACUGUCAGCAAAUGCACUAAGAAAAUAAACUAAGAAAAAAUAAAGGAAAAAACAUAAGAAAAAAACCCCAACUAAACCAGCCGGGAGAAAAAAAGUGGAUUAAAUUCUGUUGGUGAGGAUGGGAAAAUCAGCUUGGAAUAUUUUCCUGGCAUGCUGCGUUGUGGCUGGAGGCUGUAGCUCACCUGGGGACCGGUGUCGGGAGGAGGCAGGAGGAUGCUCGUAGCUGGCAGGGGCUGGCAGGGCUGGCGCUGAUCUGGGGGCUCAGCCCAAGAAAUCCUGUGGUGCAAAGAAGGGGAAGAGCUCGGGCACCUUCUCCCAGAGCCAGCCGAGCUGGGAUGCUACGGAAAAAAGGGGGGAAAAAAUAACCUAAUGAGCUGAACGUUCUCUGACUGCGCUCUCAGGAACUUUGCCAGGGCGUCAUUGAACUUGUCAGGAAGUAUUACAACAAAAUUAAGAACCAGCAGCAAUUUUCUUGCGUUCAGGAUCCUAUGCUUUAUAAAGUAAAUUAUUAAUGCAUUUUUUUUCUCUGUUAAGCAGUUAUUUGCAGCAGUCUUGGUAUAUUUCUCAUUAGAAAUAACAUCAUCUGAAGAACUUAUAUUGAUUCUUUUUUUUUUUUUUAAUCUCUGAAUCAUGAACGUGAACAACAUAUUUCUAUGAUGUUCCCUUUAACUAGAAUUCUCAGGCUUUAUUUUUAUAUUAUUGAUCUUUUUGACAUGAAUUGCUUUUUGGCCUUGUGAAAACGUUGCGAGCUGCUUCUGCCGUCGGAGGAAUGGGCGGGGGGUGCCGUGGAAGGAGCUGGGGGACAUGGGAUAGGGUCUGUCCACAUGCGAUGGGUCUGUACAAUGUGCGAUGGGUCUGUGUGGGUGAGAUGGGUCUGUGCGGGUGUGUGGUGGGUCUGUGCGGGUGCAGUGGGUCUGUGGGUGUGCGGUGGGUCUGUGUGAGUGUGUGGUGGGUCUGUGUGGGUGUGCAAUGGGUCUGUGUGGGGGUGUGUGGGGUCUGUGUCCAUGUGCAGUGGGUCUGUGGCUGUGUGGUGGGUCUGUGGAUGUGCUGUGGGUCUGUGUGGGUGUGCAAUGGGUCUGUGUGGCUGUGCGAUGGGUCUGUGUGGGUGUGUGUUGGGUGUGUGUGGGUGCAUGGGUCUGUGUGGGUGUGCAAUGGGUCUGUGUCCACAUGCAAUGGGUCUGUGUGGGUGUGUAGUGGGUCUGUGUGGGUGUGCAAUGGGUCUGUGGGUGUGCAGUGGGUCUGUGUGGCUGUGCGAUGGGUCUCGUGUGGGUGUGUGGUGGGUCUGUCCGGGUGCAGUGGGUCUGCACAUGUCUGUGAUGGGUCUGUGCAUGUGUGAUGGGUCUAUGUGGGUGUGCAACGCAUUUGUGGGCAUGCAGUGGGCUUGUGGAUGCAUGUGCAACAGGUUUGUAGACGUGCAGUGGGUCUGUGCAUGUGUGCAACGGGUUUGUGGGUGUAUGAUGGGUCUGUGUAUGUGUGGUGCGUCUGUGUGAGUGUGCAAUGGGUUUGUGGGUGUGCAAUGAGUGUGCAUCUGUGCAAUGCGUCUGUGCGUCUGCAGUGGGCUUGUGCAUGUUUGUGCAAUGGGUUUGUGGGUGUGCAACGUGCCUCUGUGCAUCUGCAGUGGGCUUGUGCGUGUGAGUGCAAUGGGUCUGGGUGCACGAUGGGUCUGUGCAUGUGCAGUGGGUCUGUG